AUGGCAUUGAACAUAUCCAAAGUAUGCUCAGCAGAUUCAUUCCUCCUAACAUUCACCCCCGUAGAAGGCAGCAUCCGCGACCCCUUCUACAUCCUCCUCGACCCCGUCCUCGAAGAACCAGCAACCAACAACCUCCUCCAUCAUCCUCACACCAAACAACACAUCCCCUCGAUAAGCCACAUCCCAACACCACACCUCGUCAUCAUCAGCAAGGGCAGAAUCACGCCUCCCCUCGAAGCCGCACUACGACACAUCGCCCUCACAGCUACGAAAACAAUCAUCUUGGCUGAUCCAGCAACGGCCAAGACGCUCCGCACAUGGAAGAACUUUGACUUUAGCAUCGUCGGCGCUCUCUCGCCGUGGCUGGAUCCGCGGCUGGUGGGGGAAGAUAGAGUGGCUCGUGUGCCAGUUCCUCCGUGUUAUAUCGGGGGUGACCGUGGCGAGGUGACGGUCUCUUUGAUUCCUCAGAGGGGGUUCAUGAAAGGCGCUCGCGCGGCGAUAGGCAUCACAUAUCGUCCUUCGCCGUCGAGACCAUCUCCUUUUCGACGGUGUGUCACCAUGCCCGUGACAACCACAACUCCUGGAUCAACAAUCGUAUCAGCACCGCAGCCUCAACUUUUACCUUCGCUUCCAGUGCCGUCGAUAGGAGACUUGACUGCCAGGCUCGUUCCUCCCACGCCUCCACUCACUCCCAAACUACCACCGCUUCCUCCGAAAGAUACAGACACAGGACUACCGCUCCCUCGGUUCCCCGGCAAGACUCUUUCCGUAAUCUUCUCACCGCGAGGAACAUCGUACAACAGCAUAAAGCCCUACGCAACUUCACAUCUCGUAUCUGAAGCAGCCCUCCCCCUGACCGCACUCAUCCACAGCUUCGAUACGGAACCUAGGCCACUGUGGGCACUUGGACGAAACAACAAUUAUUUCCCCAUCGGACAGGAAACGGCUUUGGCUCUAGGCGCGAGAGCCUGGGUAGCAACUUGUGGCUCGGACGAAAAGACCACCGUGAGGAGCAAGCGACCCCGUACAAGGACAUAUCUCUGGCACGAGGUCCAAGAGAUGCUGGAUCGGGCAGAGGCAAGGGAGAGGAGAGCCUCUUCGAACCGGUAUGCGCAAAGGAGUACGCAGAUAUUGGACUUGUACCAAGGUGAAGAGGUGACUCUAACGAGCGAUGGCGUUUGCGAGCUGGACCCCCUAUCGCAGCAUCAGCGUGCAGGGCCGGAUACCUUAGGGUUAUUUCAUAGCGUUUCAGCGUUUUGA